GGGUUUACCCCUUACACCAUGCCUAUUGACCUAGAAGCUAGUGUGUGGGUAUCUAAGUAUCCAGGGAAGAGAUCUCCAGUUGACAAUAUCAUAAAGGUUUUUGACCGUUAUACUUGGUUUGCUCUUCUUGGAAGUUUAGCAUUAACAAGUCUUGUUCUAUUUGUCAUUGUAAAUGUUCUUAGAAGCCUUGGGUUCAAACAGCCGGACAAUGUUCUUGUGUUGUUGGCACCGUUCUCUAUCUUAAACGCAGAACCAAUGCCAGAAUGGUUUCUUAUAUCUAACAAACGAGUAUAUUCGGGAAGUAUUUUGAUGAUGACUUUUGCUUUGUUUUCAACAUUGGUCAUUUUCGCGUUUUCCAGCAAUCUAAGAGCUAUUCUUUUAUCCCCCAACUACGAAGUUCCCAUUGAUACUUCUCGCCAGAUUGCGGAGAAAAAAAUGUAUGUAGCUCUGAGUCCUGGAGGAGCCUGGCAUUAUAAUUAUCUUCUAACCUCAUCAGAUCCAGAUAGAGUUGAUAUGAUGGACCGAGUUCUUUUUAUAUCAGAUAGGGAGGAAAGAUGCACAAUUGCCCCUCAAGAAAAAACAAAUGUUUGUUUGGGGGAUAAGGAAAGUACUCUAAAUUUUGUGAAGAAUAAUCCAAUAUUUCCCAAAAAUAAACCAAUUCUCUACUUUAGUAAGGAGCAGAUUCGACCUUAUUUUUACGGCUGGGUUGUUCAAAACAAUUCUAUUUGGACCGAGAUUGUCAAUAAUCACAUUCUACUGGGUCAUCAGGAAUUUUUUUCAUUAUAAUUAUCAAAUUAUUAUUAAUUUAUUACCUGCUGGACUUGAGUUCAUAGAUAUCCUCAGACGCAUAGAUUAAUAACAAUACAGAUAGUUCACUAAAUGUCGUCAUUUCAAGAUUUAAUAGUUUUCGUUCACAAUAAACCUGAUGCAGAAGCCCAAAGGAGUUACGCGAAGACAACGUUGAAAAACAAGACAUAGAGAGAGAGCAUGCGCAUAAAUUCUUUGGGUCUCUGCCUCAGGGUUUUUGUGAACGAAAAAACCCUUAAAUCUUGAAAAG